AUGAGUGGAAAGUUGAAUAGUGAAGCAAUUCGUCGUGCAAUUACUGAGAUGUUGGAGGGCUCAAACAAAAAACCACGUAAAUUUAUUGAGACUGUUGAGCUACAAAUAGGUCUUAAAGAUUAUGAUACACAAAGAGAUAAACGUUUUGCUGGUACUGUUCGCCUUCCACAUAUUCCUAAACCAAAUGCACGUGUCUGUGUAAUGGGAGAUGCUGCUGAUUGUGAAAAAGCUCAAAAUUUAGGUCUUGAUGUAAUAGAUAUUGAGGAAAUGAAAAAGAUUAACAAGAAUAAGAAAGUAGUUAAGAAGUUAUGUAAGAAAUAUGAUAUGUUCUUAGCUUCACAAAAACUUUUAGCUCAGAUUCCUCGUCUACUUGGUCCAGGUUUGAACAAGGCUGGUAAAUUUCCAACUGUUAUUACUCCAACAGACAAGAUAGAUGAGAAAGUUAAUGAAUUAAAGGCAAGUAUUAAGUUCCAGUUAAAGAAGGUUUUAUGUUUAGGUGUUGCUAUUGGGAAUAUUAAGAUGUCUGAAGAGGCUAUUCGUCAGAACUUGAUAUUAGCUAUCAAUUUUCUAGUAUCUCUUUUGAAGAAGAAUUGGCAUAAUAUUAAAAGUCUUACAAUUAAAAGUACUAUGGGAAAACCUAUCAGAAUUUAUGGCUAA